AUGAGUGAAUUUUAAAGGAGAUCAAGUUAGAGGUAAGGUUCAAUAGAACCAGAUGCUCAAGGACUAUCUAUUUAAUAUGUUGCUGAAAAUAAAAAUCUAUAAACCUAAUAUCUUGAUCUAAAAUUAGUAAGAGAUGAGACAAAGAAUUAAAAAACUGUAUUUGGUAAUUAAUUCGGUUAUGCUGCUAAAACCAACAGAAGGAUUAGUGACACAGCUGAUGAUGAAAUAAAGGAGGCUUUGGAUUUCGAUAUAUUGCAAAUUAAACCUGGAAAACCAUACAAGGGAGCAAAAACAAAAGAGUCAAGAGAAUCAGCAUCCAAGAUCCUUGAAAUUCUGAAAUUAAGAGACUAUUACUCAUUUGAUGGACAUGAAUAAAGUUAGAUCUCAAGUAAAUUCGUUUAACAUAAUGCAAAAAAUGAACCAUUCAUUAUUUGGAAUAGAAGGGUUGAUGUAUUACCCAUUUUAGAGAAUACUGAAGUUCUACAAGAAAAUGGAAUCAUUUUUACGAAGUCAGGUGAUAUUAUUGAUGUAAUUGUACCAACUAUGUUACAAUUUAUAAGCGAUUUAAUUAAUCUAAUGAAAUGUGUUGGUAAUAAUUCAAUUGCUAGUUUUUGUUACGACAGACUCAAAUUCUUAGAAUAAAAGUUUUAAAUGCAUGAAAUUUUCAACCACUAAAAUGAAUAAUAAGAUUAAAAAAAUAUUAUAAGAAGAGACUUUUAUAAUGUAUUUAAAGUAGACACUCACAUCCAUCAUUCAGCAGCAAUGAGUGCAAAACAUUUGUUGGAAUUCAUAUAAAGGAAAUAUGAAAAAAAUGGUGAUGAUCAUGUAGAUAUCAACAAGGAUGGAACUAAGAUUUGUUUAAAAGAUAUCUUCAAAAAUAUAAGUGUCGAUCCAGUUGAUUUAUCUUUGAAUUCUCUGGAUGUGCAAGCAGACAAAGGAAUCUAUAAAAGGUUUGAUAGAUUUAAUAACAAAUAUAAUCCUUUGGGUACUCCUAAACUAAGAGAGAUAUUCUUGAAAACUGAUAAUUAUAUUAAAGGCAAAUAUCUUGCAGAUUUGACCAAGGAAUUGAUGGAUUAAUUGGAAUAGCAACAAUAUAUUGGAUGCGAAUGGAGAGUAUCCAUAUAUGGAAAAUCUAUGGAGGAAUGGCAUAAGCUGGGAAAAUGGCUUAUAAAGCACAAGCUCUAUUCAUCCAAAGUUAGAUGGAUGAUAUAAAUUCCUAGACUCUAUAGUGUUUAUAAAAAAUCUGGCAUGAUUCAUUGUUUCUAAGAUAUGAUUGAUAAUUUAUUUAGACCAUUGUUUGAUAUUACAAUUAAUCCUACAAUAGAUCCAUUUCUAUAUCAAGCAUUAUUCCAAAUAACAGGUUUUGACACAGUGGAUGAUGAAUCUUUGUAUGAAUACUUUGCAAUUUCAGAUCUAAAAUAGUCUCCUAAGGAUUGGGCUGGAGAUCGUAAUCCACCAUAUACUUAUUGGAUUUAUUAUAUCUACGCAAAUUUAUAUACUCUAAAUGCCUUAAGAAAAUAGAGAGGUCUAAAUACUUUUAAAUUUCGACCUCAUUGUGGAGAAGCUGGUAAUAUUGAUCAUAUAGCCACAGCCUAUCUAGUAUCUGAUGGUAUAAAUCAUGGAUUGGAGUUGUAAAAGUCUCCAGUCUUGGAAUACUUGUUUUAUUUAAAAUAGAUAGGAAUAGCAAUGUCACCUGUUUCAAAUAACAAAUUGUUUUGUCGUUAUUAGAAAUCUCCUUUUUAAAAGUACUUUUAAAUUGGGUUGAAUGUUUGUUUAUCUACAGAUGAUCCCUUGAUAUUACAUCUGACAAAUGAGCCUUUGUUAGAAGAGUAUGCAAUAGCAUCAUAAAUUUUUGAUUUAUCAGCCAUAGAUCAAGCAGAAUUAGCUAGAAAUUCUGUUAGGUAGAGCAGUUUUGAGAAAGAAAUUAAAGAAUUUUGGAUUGGUGAAAAUUAUAAUGAUAGAAUAGCAUAAAAAAAUGCUGAAGAUCGAAAUAAUCUACCAGCCACAAGAUUUAUGUAUAGAAAAGUGACAUUGAAUGAAGAGUUCGAACAUCUUGACAAAUUAAAUUUCUAAGAACUGGUUUGA